AUGACAUCUCACAAGAUCGGUACCCUGGUGGCCAUCCCUAUCAAGGGCAGGAAGCUCAUCAAUAGGAGCGGAGGCAAGCAGUCGCCCUUUGUUCAGCUCAAGCUAGGCGAGCAGAAGAAGCGCACCCGCGCCUCACUCAUCGCUUCACUCGAGCCAGAGUGGGAUCAAGAGGCAAGCGACUUUUUAUGGCACCCAUCUUCUCUACUUCGAUUGCCUUGCCUCGUGCGUCUGGAUGUGUUUCAUUCUCAGAUGGAUAUGCACGUUGCUGUCUACGACGAGGGCAAGAAGAACGAACUCAUCGGCGAUGGAGUCCUGCUCCUGCACGAGGUCAUCGACAAGGGCGAGCUCGAUGUCUGGUUUCCGGUCAAAUACAACGGGACUUCGGCGGGCGACAUCUACUUCGAGUUGACCUUCUAUGCCGCGGCACCUCCGCCAGCUGCAGGGACCACCCCUCCUCCCGCGGCCCAGGCACAGAUCCAUACACCCAUCAGACACACCCAGCCAGGAUACCAGGGCGGCCCUGGCAUGCAUCCGAUGUCGCACGCACCAUCAGUCAGCGGUUACGGCAGUCCAGCAUCAGCACCACAGUUCCCCGGAGGCAUGUAUCAACCCGGCUUCAAUGCCACUCCCCGACCACCCUUUGCGCCUACACCUACACAGCCCUUCUCACCGGCGCCUGUACAGUCCUUCUCACCAGCGCCUGCACAGCCCUUCUCACCGGCGCCUGUCCAGCCCUUCUCACCACCGAUUGCACCCUAUGGUGGAGCCCCUGCACCAGGGCAAGGAUUCAACCAGCCAAUUGGAGGAGGUCCGGCCCCGUUCCGUCCACCAGGCGCUAGUCUGUUCCCGGCUAACGCAUCGCCACAAUUUGGUAACUCUACUGCUCCUGGAGGAUAUCCAAAUAUGCCUCAGAUGCCCCAGCCCUUCGCUAGCGGCCCUGGAGGUAACAACAACUAUCCGCCCAACAACAACAUGAACAAUAACAACAACAAUCAUCAACCAAGGUUCCUCAUGCCACAGCACUCUUCUCCAGGAGGCCAACAUAUGAGCCCUGCCCCAAGUUUCCCUCAAGGACCUGGCGGUGGUGGUCCUCCCAACAGCUACCCCAACAGCACACCGAACAACAACUUUUCGAACAACGGACCUCCAAACAGCUAUCCCAACAACAACAACUUCAGCAACAACAAUAACCAUGGCAAUAGCUUCAACAAUAACAAUAACAACAACAACCAUGCCAAUAACUUCAACAGCAACAACUUUAACAACAACGCCAACAACAACAGCAACAACAACAAUAAUAACAAUAACAGGAACCCCAACAACCCCGGAGCAGCUCCAGUGACGCCUUUGAUGCAGUACAACUACAGUCUCGAAAGCUUCCCAUAG